AUGACUGUCGAUAUCCUCUUGUGGCUGCGUCAGGUUGACGAUACUCGCAGCCGCAACUCGACCAGUUCCGACCAUAUACCAAUCUUCGAGCCUAUCAGGGACAAGUUUGUACAUCCGAAAUCACCUCCAGACUCUUCUAAAUUCUCCAAACCAGCUGCCGAAAAGGCACCAACAAAGAAGCGAAAGACAACGAAGGGUGCAGUCCCAAAUCCAAGUCCAAACGAUGCACGAUUCGACGAUGAAGGCGAACAAGAUAAGACCCCCAGACCUUUACGGAGCGUCUAUAUUCCCAGCGACACGUCAUCGAUGUCCUCAGCGAGCAGUCGAUCUAGUGCUUCAUCGCCUCGAAAGCAAUUAGUAGCCAUGGCAUUAUCCUCCCACGGCCUCGAAACGCGCGCUAUGUCUGAUCCAUCCGGUCUUCCCCCAAGCCUGGCAUCUAUGCGAACGAAGUUAUUACAAUUCAGUCGUGGAAGAGGAAUUCUUGGGGAGAAUGGGCUGGACAGUAUACAAGAUGAAACAGCUGCGAGGGCGUUACAUCCGGACAUGGUUGCUAUUUACGAGGAUAAAAAAUUCUGCUGCUCUAGACGUCGCGAAGAAUUGGGGAUUACACCGAGUCUCGAUGAUGUGGUGUAUAUUCUUGAGUCCGCGGGCGAUUGUCUUCGCAAAGGGAGGUCUGAAGCAGCGUGGAAUCAUGAAGUUCACUUCCCUCUGCUGUGCUUGGCGCUUCGGAACCGAUCAAAGGGUGCGUUCCGGCGACUCAUCAAUGUGCCAUCUUGUUCAUCUGCAUCCGUCAUCCCCGACUACCGCAUCCGCUUCGCGCCCGACCAAAAGAUCGACUUUUGCGUCUAUCUCGAUCCUCACCACGAUCCCAACGAGAAAAAUAUUUCUAGUACCGUCGAUACCGUUCGCGCGCGUCUUCCCGCGCUAUCAAUAAACCCAACCGAUGCCUUGUCACUGCUGGGCAAGCCAAUUGCCAUUCCCAUCGAGACUAAGCGUCCCGGCGAAGGCUUGGACACUGCCAAUCUCCAAGUCGCGACGUUUCUAACAGCGCAUCUGACACUUCUACAACGACUCGUUGAUGCUGGUGCUUCUGUACCUGUUGGCGAUGGUGAGACGGCGCCUUCGGUUGACGAUCUGGGCUUUUUGCCUUAA